UUAUUAUGCGCCCCGCGCUGGGGAGUCUGGCCGCGCCGCGGCCGCUGCCCGGCCCCGGCCGCCGCCGGCUGCGCGGCUCGGACCUCUUGCGGCCCGGCAGUGAGUUUCCUGCGCGGCGAGCGUGAGCAGCGGCGGGGGCGUUCUCCCGCGCCGGGGCGGGCGAAGUUCCGCGCCCCCACUUUGCCGCGACCUUUGCGGGCCCGCCGGCGGGUGCGGGCGGCGAGCGUCUGCGUGGGGCGGGGGGCGCGGCGGGCCGCGGCCGCGGGGCGGGCUCCCCCGAGCCUCCUCGUCUCCCGAUCAAAGCAUUCCGCUAUUCUGAUUUAUUGCCUGCUCGGCGAGUUAUUUCUCUGCCUCCGAAGGAGACCUGUGUGUGCAGCCAUUACUUUGCUCGGCGCCGCUCGCAGGCGUCUCGGCCCUCGGUGCGGCGGGCAGCCCCGCACUUCGGCUCGCGCCCCGCGCCCUCGCCGCGGCGCCCUCCCCUCUCCCCGCCCCUUCCCCUUCUUUCUCCGCGCCUUCCUCCUUCCCUCGCCGCCGGCGCUCGGCCGCCGCCGCCCCCGCGCCCUGCUCGGGGCGGAGGGACGCCGUGCCGCGGGAGGGAGGGCUCCGUGUCAAUUUUUUUGUGCGGCCGCGGCCGGAGCCUGUGGCGCGCGGGCGGCGAGCGCGGGGACCCCGGCGUGGCAGAGCCAUGGAUGGCCCGGCUCGGGGCCAUGGACUCCGCAAAAAGCGGCGGUCGCGGUCGCAGCGAGACCGGGAGAGGCGCUCCCGGGGCGGUCUGGGGGCCGGCGCGGCGGGCGGCGGCGGGGCCGGCCGGACCCGGGCGCCCUCGCUCGCCUCGUCGUCGGGCUCCGACAAGGAAGACAAUGGGAAGCCCCCGUCCUCCGCCCCGUCCCGGCCCAGACCCCCGCGGAGGAAGCGGCGUGAGUCCACCUCGGCCGAAGAGGACAUCAUCGAUGGGUUUGCCAUGACCAGCUUUGUCACUUUUGAAGCGCUGGAGAAAGAUGUAGCACUUAAGCCUCAGGAACGUGUUGAGAAACGCCAGACUCCCUUGACCAAGAAGAAACGAGAAGCACUUACCAAUGGUUUAUCUUUUCAUUCAAAGAAGAGCAGACUCAGCCACCCACACCACUACAGCUCAGACCGAGAAAAUGACCGUAAUCUCUGCCAGCACCUUGGGAAGAGAAAGAAAAUGCCGAAGGGACUAAGACAGCUCAAGCCAGGGCAGAACAGCUGCAGGGACAGUGACAGUGAGAGUGCCAGUGGAGAAUCCAAGGGCUUCCAACGGAGCAGCUCCCGGGAAAGGCUCAGUGAUAGUUCAGCUCCUUCCAGCUUGGGAACAGGCUACUUCUGUGACAGUGACAGUGACCAGGAAGAGAAGGCUUCAGAUGCCAGCUCUGAAAAGCUCUUCAACACUGUAAUUGUGAACAAAGAUUCGGAGUUAGGUGUUGGCGCACUGCCCGAACAUGACAGCCAGGAUGCAGGGCCGAUUGUCCCCAAGAUAUCAGGUCUAGAGAGAAGCCAGGAGAAAAGCCAAGACUGUUGCAAAGAGCCCGCCUUUGAGCCUGUGGUGCUUAAGGACCCCUGCCCUCAGGUCCCGCAGCCGCUGCCCCAGCCCCAGGCGGAGCCCCAGCUCCGAGCCCCUUCUCCGGACCCUGACUUGGUGCCACGCACAGAGGCCCCACCAACGGCCCCUCCUCCAAGUACGCAGCCCCCGCAGGGCCCCCCGGAGGCCCCACUGCAGCCCGCCCCACAGCCUCAGGUGCAGCGGCCACCCAGGCCACCGUCCCCCACCCAGCUGCUCCACCAGCACCUUCCUGCUGUGCAGGCCCACCCCUCGUCCCAGGGCCUGCCCCAGCCCCUGUCAGCCUACAGCAGCAGCCUGAGCCUCAACAGUUUAAGCAGCAGCAGGAGCAGCACUCCGGCCAAGACUCAGCCCGCCGCCCCGCACCUCUCCCACCACCCCUCGGCCUCCCCGUUCCCCCUCUCCCUGCCCAGCCACAGCCCCCUGCACAGCUUCACCCCUGCCCUCCAGGCCCCGGCUCACGCGCAUCACCCCAAUAUGUUUGCCCCGCCCACUGCUUUGCCUCCGCCACCACCGCUGACGUCAGGGAGUCUGCAGGUCCCCGGACACCCUGCCGGGAGCACUUACUCAGAGCAAGACAUCUUGCGGCAGGAACUGAACACGCGUUUUCUGGCCUCUCAGAGCGCGGACCGCGGGGCCUCCCUGGGCCCCCCGCCCUACCUGCGGACCGAGUUCCACCAGCACCAGCACCAGCACCAGCACACGCACCAGCACACGCACCAGCACACCUUCACACCCUUCCCCCACGCCAUCCCGCCCACCGCCAUCAUGCCGACGCCAGCACCUCCCAUGUUUGACAAAUACCCUACAAAAGUUGACCCCUUCUACCGGCACAGUCUCUUCCACUCCUACCCUCCUGCAGUGUCGGGCAUCCCCCCCAUGAUCCCACCCACGGGCCCUUUUGGUUCACUACAAGGAGCAUUUCAGCCCAAGUUGACAGAUCCUUUCAGACCUAUGUUAAGGAAACCAGGGAAGUGGUGUGCUAUGCAUGUUCACAUCGCCUGGCAGAUUUACCACCACCAACAGAAAGUCAAGAAGCAGAUGCAGUCAGACCCACACAAGCUGGACUUCGGACUGAAGCCUGAGUUCCUAAGCCGUCCACCAGGCCCCAGUCUCUUUGGAGCCAUCCACCACCCCCAUGACCUGGCUCGACCUUCAACUUUGUUCUCUGCCUCUGGUGCUGCACACCCCACCGGGACCCCUUUUGGGCCACCUCCUCAUCACAGCAACUUCCUCAACCCUGCUGCUCACCUGGAGCCUUUCAAUAGGCCGUCCACCUUCACAGGCCUAGCAGCGGUUGGUGGCAAUGCCUUCGGGGGACUUGGAAACCCGUCAGUUACACCCAACUCAGUGUUCGGCCACAAGGAUGGCCCCAGUGUGCAGAGCUUUAGCCACCCUCACGAGCCCUGGAACCGGCUGCACCGGACGCCUCCGUCGUUCCCGACCCCUCCGCCCUGGUUGAAGCCAGGGGAGCUGGAGCGCAGCGCGUCCGCUGCAGCUCAUGACAGAGAUAGAGAUGUAGAUAAACGGGACUCAUCUGUUAGUAAAGAUGACAAAGAAAGAGAAAGUGUGGAGAAGAGACACUCCAGCCACCCCUCACCAGCACCUAUCCUCCCGGCCAACGCCCUGGGACACAGCCGCAGCGCCACCGAGCAGAUCAGGGGUCAUUUGAACACAGAGGCUCGCGAGAAGGACAAACCCAAAGAGAGAGAGAGAGACCACCCGGAGUCGCGGAAAGACCUGGCGGCAGAAGAGCACAAGGCCAAGGAGGGCCCGGCGCCGGAGAAGGACGGGCACGGCCACGAGGCCCGUGCCGCGGGCGAGGAGGCCAAGCAGCUGGCGCGCGCGCCGUCGCCCUACGUGCGGAACCCCGCGCUAGACAGUGCCCGGCCGGGCAGCACCUCGGGCCGCGAGGCCGAGCCGCGCAAGGGCGAACCUGCCUAUGAGAACCCACGGAAGAGUGCCGAGGUCAAGGUCAAGGAGGAGCGCAGGGAGGAGCACGAACUGCCUGCGGAGCCCGCGCAGCCACCUCGCGCUGCGGAGCCGCCGGGCGCAGCCUCGGGUACCCACGCAGGCCCGCUGGCCUCGGUGCCCAUGGCGGUGGGCGUGGCGGGCCUGCACCCCAUGGGCGGCAUCGGCAGCCUGGACCGGACCCGCAUGAUGACCCCCUUCAUGGGCCUCAGCCCACUCCCGGGCGGGGAGCGCUUCCCCUACCCGUCCUUCCACUGGGACCCCAUGCGGGACCCGCUGAGGGACCCUUACCGCGAGCUUGACGUGCACCGCAGGGACCCACUGGCCAGGGACUUCCUGCUGCGCGGCGACCCACUGCACCGACUGUCGGCCCCUCGGCUGUACGAGGCGGACAGAUCCUUCCGGGACCGCGAGCCGCACGACUACAGCCACCACCAUCACCACCACCCGCCGCUGGCUGUGGACCCACGGCGGGAGCACGAGCGGGCCGGCCACCUGGACGAGCGUGAGCGCCUGCACGUGCUGCGCGAGGACUACGAGCACCCGCGGCUGCACGCCGUGCACCCUGCCUCCCUGGACGGCCACCUGCCGCACCCCAGCCUCCUCACGCCGGGCCUCCCCAGCAUGCACUACCCGCGCAUCAGCCCCACGGCGGGCCACCAGAAUGGACUGCUCAACAAGACGCCCCCCACAGCGGCGCUGAGUGCGCCGCCCCCGCUCAUCUCUACACUAGGGGGCCGCCCGGUGUCUCCGCGCAGGACUACGCCUCUGUCCACGGAGAUCAGGGAGCGGCCGCCCUCCCACACUCUGAAGGACAUCGAGGCGCGGUAAGGGGACGAGCGGAGGGAGCCCCGAGAGCAGGGAGGACUCCUGCACCCCGCGCAGACGCGGUGGCCAGCCCCACCGCUCCCCUUGUAAAACAUGUACAGACUCCGUGCAGAUUUAGAAAUGUUUUUGUAUAUUCUAUGUUGGAAUUUUUCAGAUCCUUUAGCUAAGUCAUAUGUUUUCAUGUCUCCUACUCUUUGUUCCUUGUAUGAAACUUCUUGAUUUCAGCCAAAACAGUAAAGAUGACAACACACACCAAUUUGAGGAGGACGGGGGAGCCCACACCAUCCAUCACGCAGAGCUCUUUCAGAUGGGAAGGGAAGGCCGUGUACAUAGUCCUGUAAAGAGAUUGCUUCAUGAGCUGGUGGUUCAUAUAUGCAAAGGGUGAGACGAAAGCUUUACUUUGUACAAAUGUAAAUAGAUAAAGAUUAAGUAACAUAAUACAUUACUACUUCUUGAAAUGUGCUAUUUGCAAACCUAAUGUCAGUGAGCACGGCCUGCUAAGGCUGUGUUCCCCGUAUUGUUAGAGACAGCUAAACCCUUCAACUAUGCAAUGAACGUUAGGGCUUCUCACAAAAGCCCGCCUAACUCAAAGGAGCCUUUUCAAAUCCAUUUACAACAUACUUAAGGUCAUAUUUUCCCUGAACAAGCGCUUACGUGAUAUGACUCUGUUUUCCUUGCUUGUUUUUUUUUCAAAUGGAGAAACAUCCUAUUUUGCAGAGGGGACCCCAGGCUGGAACUUUGCAUCUGAAGUUGCUGCUUGUGGGCUUCAGGGGCAGGUGCGCCCCAGGAAGGGCAAACCAGUGCCAGGGAGGGUGGGAUUGGUCAGAUGCCAAAAUCAGGGGCCGGCAGCAGUGUCUGGCAGACAGAGCAGGCCGCCAGAAUCGGUCACCGCCAGUCACGCGACCUCACACGCCUCUGGUGGGAACCAUGCCUUUUUUUAAGUGUGUCCUAUUUCAUAUGUAUACACACUUCCUCAUUUUGCAGUGCGAUUUAAUUACACCCAAACAGAUCCUGAAAGAAAGCUUCGCGUUUUCUGAGAUGAUGGAUAUGUUUUCACUGUAUUCAGAAACGGCUGAGUGUGAGGCGGGUUCCCAGCGCGACGCACUGUACUCUAGUCAGUAAUAAGGUCUGGGCAUAGCCGGGACAGGUCGACCUCGCAGAGCCAUCGAGAUUCACAGAGGUGACAGGUGGCAGAGGAGAAGUCGUGUGUGUGCGCGUGUGUUUUUGAGUUUGCAUCAAUUUUAAUGUCUCUUCAUGAUACUUUUAUAAUACAUUAAACUUCUUGUCUACAUAUUUGGAGAGAAUAUGACUUUACUAGCAGAGAAAUACAAUAUAUCUUGUCUACUGGACUGUAAAAUACAUGUAUGAAAUAAAAUUAGUUCCAUUUGGUCUUCUAGUAUAUUAAAGUGCUAUCUGACGUUGUUAUCCUGUUUUUGCAAAAAAAAAAAAAAAAAAAGUUAACUACAGACCAUUGUUUCUAAUAAGCAGAGAGAUCUAUUUUAGUAGUAAACUGAAGGUUUAGUUGUGAGCUUCAGAUUUUGUGAACACCAGAUGUUGUGCAGUGUUUUGUUUUGUUUUUUUGGGUUUUUUUUUGUUGUUUUUUGGGUUUUUUUUUUUUUGUUUUGUUUUGUUUCUUUUCUUUUUUUUUUUAAAAGACAACAACUUUAAAAAUCCAAGGAAUAUGUACACUGGAACUGUAGUGGUAGCUUUCAGUAUUGUAAAGAGAUUGUUCUAUACAGACCUUUUGCUGUUUAUCCUGUAUGUAACAAAGUCCUUUCUAGACCCUGUGUGAAAAGCAAAGUGAAGCAACUGAAUCUUCAGCAUGUUCUCAUCGGCGGAGCCUCUUGUGUAAUGUAAACUGUGCCAUGUUAUUAAAAAAUGUGAACCAA